CUCUUUUUUCCAGAAAAUAAAGACACCGUAUGCUGAAUAUCAUUGUUGGCUUUAAGGAUCAUCAGUGUGACAGAAAAGCAUGACAGGUGCUAUAAAGGUUUUCUUUAUGUGCUGUCUACUUCAAGGUAGCUUAUGCCAACAUUGGGCAAUCUCCAUUCCCAAGACAGUAAAGGGCCUGAGUGGAUCCUGUGUGAUCAUCCCUUGCAGUUUCAGCAUCCCACCAGAGUAUGAUGUACACCUGGAUGAUUCGUGUAAAGCCAUAUGGAAGAAAGGCAGCUGGAGCCGAACACAAGUGUUUGAUUCCAGUCUCACUGGAGAAAGUGCAAGUUUAAACAUACUGCAAGGAAGCCUAACAGGGAUCCUGCAAGAGAAGGACUGCACCACCAUCUUCAACAACCUGCCAUCAAACCUUCAUGACAACUAUUACUUCAGGCUGGAGUGUGACAACGCGCUGAAGUUCAACUUUUUAACGAGUGUCCUCAUCACAGUUCAAGAUUCACUCUCCAGACCUACUAUAAAUGUAGUCCAUUCUAGGCUGGAGGUAAAUCCGUCCAGGCUGGAGGUAGAAGAGGGGAUUGCGGUGAGGUUGGACUGCUCGGCUGCUGCUCCCUGUCCCAUUCUUCCCCCAGCCGUGACAUGGACACCCAGUAUAGGUGACAUUGAGGAGAUCACGGAAAGUAAUUCUGUGACCUCUGUUAUGAACUUCACCGCUUCUUACCUCCACAAUGGACAGAAGAUCUCCUGCACCUCUCUCUACAACCGACAAGCUGGCAACAGCGACCUUCUGUAUGAAGAAAGUUUGACCCUACAUGUUUUUUAUCCUCCAAAUAACACAUCAGUCAGUUACCCUGGUCCUGUAAAGGAGGGCAGCUCAGUGACUCUGACUUGCCACACAAACGCAUAUCCAGCCGUGGACAGCUACACCUGGUAUAAAGUGGAUGGAGAUCAAGCGACAGCAAUGGGUUUCAAGAUGACGCUUUCAACCACGGUCACAGAAGUCGACAGUAAAUUUUACUGCAAAGUCAGUAACAGAUAUGGAACCCAGAACUCAUCCAUCACUCAAAUAGAUGUACAGUUUGCUCCCAAGGACACGGCAGUAAUUGUGGAUCCUACUGGUCCAAUACUGGAGGGAAGCUCUGUUUCUCUGUUCUGCAGGAGCCGUGCCAACCCAUCUGUGACCAACUAUACCUGGUACAUAGGUGAUGAAGAAGAUGAAGAGCACGGACAAACCUUAGCUUUACACAGUGUUGAUCCAAGCCAUAGCGGUGACUACCACUGUGAAGCAAAAAAUGCCCUGGGAGAAGAAAUCUCAGCAACAAUUCAGCUGGACAUUCAGUAUCCCCCUAAAAACACCUCAAUGUUGGCUGACCCCGCUGGUCCGGUGCUGGAUGGCAGCUCUGUGACUCUGACCUGCACAAGUAUUGCCAAUCCAACAGUGAAGAACUUCACCUGGUUCAGAGUAGCUGGAAGAGACAAGGAGAUGGUGGGCUCAGAGCCAGAGUUCACCUUCAAUGUGACCAAACUCUCAGAGGAUCAGUAUUACUGUGAAGCUCUGAAUGUCCACGGAGCUGAAUACUCCGAGCCUGCCAGUAUUGAUGUCACAUUUGCCCCAGAGAUCCUGUCGUCCUCCCGCUGCAUCAAGAUUUUAUCGCAAUUUCGAUGUUCCUGUGACAGCCAGGGGAACCCGCUUCCUUCCCUGGUUUGGGAAUUGGCUGGGGAGCCUGUCAAUCACUCUGCUGACAUCCCAAUCAGGGAGGUUCCCCUGGGGAGCAUGAGUAUGAGGAGCCUCAUCACCCUAUACCGUCUGGAUGAAGACAUGCCCUCCCUAGUCUGCCUCAGCAUCAACUCUCUGGGAUCUGAUAGUUUGGCAUUCAAUGUGUCCUCCAGUAAAACUCAGAUAGGCCUCCAUUCUGUGUCUCUGUUGAUUGGCUCUGCAGUGGGAGCGCUGGGAAUGCUGUUGGUGUGUGUCCCGCUGUUGCUCAUUUGCAGAAAGAGGAAAGGCAGCCUUUCACCCAACCAGGCACUGGUGGACACUUCAGAAUUUUUAGUCACUAAUGAGUCUUCUCAAGUGGAUAUUGUUCAUGCCAAUAAAGUCAUUGUGGAGGAAAGAGGAGGAAGUAAGAUGGACACUCUCCACAGUGCAGAUGUGGACUUUGAUAAAGCCAAUGGAAAGGGUAAGCUGGGGGAAGGGGAGAUCAGAGGUGGGGCCUCCAAGACGAUAUAUGCUGAGAUCCGUCUGGCCACCAGAGGAUCCAAUGGUGGAGGCGCAAAGCAAGAAGAAACUGUUGCAAAUACUCAUUUUGGACAAGGAAAAGGCAUUUGACACAGGAUUCAGGCCUUUAAACUGAUACAGAACUUUACUGGAUCAAACCGUGGUGUUCAGUUGUCAACAGAAGCCCAGCUAAGAAUUCUGAGUGGUCUAACAUCUGCACUGCAGGCAGGAUUUUUUUUUUUUUUUUUUUUUUUUUUUUACAAAUUGAGCAACAGUGAUGCCACACACCUGUGGCUCUUGACUGCUGUCUCUAUAACUUUCAAUCCUUCUUGUAUCUCUUUACUGUAAAACACCUACCAUAAUAAAAAAAAAAAAAACAAUAAAAAUGAUUUA